GUGGCGGAGACAAAGUCGACGGUCACAGCCAUUCAUCCAAACCCAUCACCUGCCGGUGACGGUAGCGCUUCUCUCCAUCGCUUUGCAGAACAAGAAGAAGAAGAAGAAGAACUCGAACUCGUUGCUCAGUUCAAUCGAGAUUUUCGAGAGCCAAAUUGAUUCGAUUUCCCGCAAUCUCGCGAUUUGAUUUUCAUGCUAUUCGAUUCACGCGCUUUUCGUCGUAUAUAGGUUGCUGAUUCGCGUUUCGAUUUCCGUUCCUUCGCUCGAAUCGGAUUUCAUCACAAUCAAUCAUCAUGACUCAGGCGGUGGAAGUGUUGAAUCGGUACGGGACGGAUCUGGUGGGAGAACCGAGGGGUUCGGAUUCGGAGUGUUUGGCAGGUUUUGAGUGUUUUCUGAACGUGGUGAGGGCAUUGGGAAUGGGAUCAUGCAUCUCGGAGGUUGGGGCUGGUGGUGGUUCCCCUCCUCUCCUCACUUAUGCGCAGGAAUCCAACUUGGACGGCGGGAAGAAGAGGAGGUUGAGGGGUUCCUCUUCAUUUGACUACAAAGUGCCUGGGAGGAUGUUUUUGAAUGGGUCAAGCGAUGUCGCAUCCAUGUACUGCAAGCAAGGUAAAAAAGGGAUCAACCAAGAUGCUAUGCUUGUUUGGGAGAACUUUGGUUCAAGGGAGGACACCAUUUUUUGUGGUGUUUUUGAUGGUCAUGGACCUUAUGGCCAUAGGGUUGCGAAGAAAGUCAGGGAUUCUUUCCCUUUAAAGCUCAUUUCACAACUGGAAUUGCAUCAUAAGAAUAAAGAUGAACACAACGGUCACAAUAGUGCUGCUGGAAGUUACAAUUCCGAAGAGCAAUUUAAACUGGUUGAUGAGAAACCUAGUCCCGUUGAUCAUGAGCUUGAUGGAACAAAUAGUAUUUUGGCACUGAGAGAAUCUUUUCUAAAGGCUAGUAAGAUUAUGGACAGAGAGCUGAAGCUGCAUCGUGAGAUUGAUUGUUUUUGCAGUGGGACUACAGCAGUUACUUUGGUCAAGCAGGGGCUGAAUCUUGUUGUCGGAAAUGUUGGGGAUUCAAGAGCUAUAUUGGGUACCCGAGAUCAUGAUGAUUCUCUUAUUGCUGUUCAGUUGACCAUUGACCUUAAGCCAAAUCUUCCAAAGGAAGAAGAGAGGAUAAAGCUUCGUAAAGGAAGGGUCUUUUGCCUUCAGAAUGAACCUGAUGUGCCUCGAGUUUGGCUGCCCAACACUGAUUUCCCAGGUCUAGCUAUGGCACGAGCUUUUGGAGAUUUUUGCCUUAAGGACUUUGGACUGAUUGCUGUUCCUGAUGUCUCAUAUCACCACCUUACUGAAAAGGAUGAAUUUGUUGUGUUAGCAACAGAUGGGAUUUGGGAUGUUUUAUCCAACGAAGAAGUUGUGGACAUUGUGGCAUCUUCUCCACGGUCUACUGCUGCUCGCGUCCUGGUUGAAACAGCUGCUAAGGCAUGGAGGUCAAAAUUCCCAUUCUGUAAGGUUGAUGAUUGUGCCGCAGUUUGCCUCUUCUUGAAUUCAGAUUCAAGUGACAAGUUGACACAGGAGGCAGCAACCGACCAGCUUGAGCAGUCAUCUCUACUUGGUGAGAAUGGAAUUGGAGUGGAAGCUGAAAAAUAGCAGUAGCUCAGCUUUUGUACCAUGUCUCUUCCCAAGCCUUGCUGGUUUUAUUGAAAAGGUUGGGAAUAUUGUUCUGCAACUCAAAGAGUUAUUGUUUUUAAUUUUUCUAUUUUGGUAGUUUUUUCUGCCAAUAUUCUUUGCAUUAUUUAUCUUUCAUUUCCUUGGACAGCAUUUGGGGCUGGGGGGUGGGGGGUGAUAUAUGUUCUGUUCUGUAUCCGGAGGAAAACAGGUACCGGGCUUAUUUUUUGUGCUAGGAGGUCAUUUUCCUUCUCUGUAAAUUUCUUCCUAGAUUUGGAGUUUUUUGUAAAUCCAAGUAUCUAGAUGCGUAUUAUGUAGUUUGUCCAGUGAUUAUCUGAAAUCUGCCAUCAUUUUUGUC